CGGGGUUUGACGGACAAUUCAGUCUCCAGGCUGAGUUGUAGUCAACCGGACUCUUCUGCCCGGUGGUGGGGUGAAGAGUAAAUAAGGUCGAAGUCUUUAAGCAGCCGAAUUAACCUACAGAAGGUGUCUGUCCUUUGACCAUCAUCUCAGGGACAACAGACCUCUGCUGCCUCUUGGUCUUUCACUGAUUCUAGAGUGAGCUAAGUGGCAGACAGGAACAGACCACUAAUGUCAGCAGAGAAAAUGGAGACAUCAGCAAGUGUGUCCAAUGGAGCGAGUGCUGUGUAUGAGGAAAAAGAAGAUGCCCUCAGUCCAGAGGAUCUGUCCGAGAUGCUGGCAGCUGGCACCAAGGAGGUUCAUGAAAAGGCUGAGAACACGCAGUUUGUGAAAGAUUUCCUCAGGGGACGCAUCCGCAAGGAGCUCUUUAAGCUUGGUGCUGUGGCACUGUACUAUACUUACACAGCCAUGGAGGAGGAGAUUGAAAGGAACAAAGACCACCCCCACUUUGCCCCUCUAUAUUUUCCUGCAGAGCUGCACCGCCACGAAGCCCUGGCCCAUGACCUUGAGUACUUUUAUGGCCCCGACUGGCAGAGCAAAGUCAGCUGCUCCCAGGCCACACAACGCUAUGUGGACCGUAUUCAUCAAGUAGGGCAGGAGGACCCAGUGCUGCUGGUGGCCCAUGCCUACACCCGCUACAUGGGGGACCUGUCCGGGGGCCAGGUGCUGAAGAAGGUGGCGCAGAGAGCCAUGAAGCUGCCGCCCACAGGGGAGGGCCUUGAAUUCUAUCAGUUCGAUGCCAUCCAUAGUGCCAAAUCAUUCAAGCAGCUGUACCGCAGUCGAAUGAACGAACUGGAACUGGACAUGGAAAUAAAGAAAAGGCUGGUUGACGAGGCUGUCAAGGCCUUCCAGUUCAACAUGGAGGUGUUUGAGGAGUUAGAAGAGAUCGGUAAAACCAUCCAGGAGGACGUUUUGGAUGCUGGCAUGCCCGUCCACGGAGCAAUGGGUGGAGACAUCAGCAAGUGUCCCUACUAUGCCGCCAAAAUGGCAACGUCGGGUGGAACGGCAUACGCCUGUCAGCUUGCCAUGGCCGUACUGCGACACCCAACAGGGCAGGUCCUGUUUGCUACUUGGUUUGCUGCUCUGGCUGGAUUGGCUGCGUGGUAUCUGAUGUGAUCCUGCCGUCACCCUGCCGCUCUGCUGCUGUGAGAGAGAGGGCGGAGAAGCAUAGGAGGAAGGACAGUAAGGAAAGAAUUCCCUCAAACUGCGGACCAUUUCCUAGUUUGAUGCAAACAUUCUAAACGGCUCCAAGUUUGUUUAAUGUUUCGCGCUUGCUAAUAAGGUUAGCUGACAGGAAAUAAGCUUGGAUCUGUUUCUUAUCAAUGGAAUUCCAGUGAAGUGAUCUACAGGACCAUUAAGACAUCAACAUCAUCCAUCCGUCAAGCUGCACCUCGAUAGUUUUUCUCCUCCUGCCUUUUUAUUUUGCUACCUUUCUUUACACCAUCCCUCCAUCCUGUGUCCAUGUUCCAUUGUGUUUGGUAGUAUUUCAAAACUUUCUGUAGCUGUUUGCUGAUUUUGUCAUGGAAGGACACAUCGAGAAUAACUAAUUGUUAGCUGAUUGUUCUGAAUGAAACUGCCAGAUUGACAGAGCUUGGUGACUUUUAGAUGUUGCCCAUGUAUAAACUCCAAUUGGUUAUCCAGCGAUAAUUAAUAUUGAUGAAUGGAUUAUCAAAACGAAUUCACGGUUAGCUGAAACAUACUAUGCACAUGUUAUGCAUGAGUAUACGAGCACAGUAGGCUUUUGCCGGGCAGACAGCUGUGUUGCUUUUUAAUGAGACCUUUGCAGCUUUGCAUUAAAAGAUCUUAAUUUGAUCAGAGACAGGAAGUAAUAUAUGUGUUAAGAGACCAACAGUGAAACAGCGGUUUAUUUGUAAACUUGUAAAUGUCUCCAUAUACUGUAUUUUUUCUUUUACACAUUGACUGCAGUGUCAGUGUUUUUAAAUCCAUUAUCAUAUUUCAUGAUUCAAACAUGGCCUCAAAUGCUUCUAAAAAGAUAGUACUUGUGUGCUUUGAGACAGGUGAUAGCCGUCAAAGCUUAUUUUUCCUUCAAAAUAUUGCACACCUACACUUUGACAAGUGUUUGACUAAUAAACAUCUUUCAGAUACUAGUGAAUAUAGUAAAUAUACUGAAUAUUUGAAUCUCUACUGAUGCAUGUUCAGACGUAAUAUUUCUCUGUUUCUGAAUGAUGAUAGGGCAUCUUGUAUUUCUGAAAAAACAAAACAAAAAAACUGCCUGUUGUCGAUUUAAAUGCAUAGCUAUACAGUCCGAGAUGAAUGACUCAUUGUUGAUUCAGUUUUACCUGCCACAGGAGCCUAUAUUAGGACAAAGGUGUUAUCAGAGGUGAUUGCAGCUGUUUUAAAAGGAAAUCGUCUUUUUAUAAUAAUAAUGGUUUGUCUACACGAAGGCUGAAUGAGUCUGAGUGUUGUGGUUCAUGAUGAACUACUUCAGGUUCGGUACUUACUGGUAGGUCCUUCAGCAGCUCAGCUCUUGUUCAUGUAUCCAUUUAUUAUGGAUAUACGAGCGUGCAUCAUCACUGAACUUUGUUAUUACCAUUCACAUGUUGUCCAUGCUGUACUAUGGGAAAAACUUUCCUAUUGGUGUGUAACAUAUUGUUUUUCAACAUACCUGAGGAGGAAUAUUUUGUGCCAUCGUGUACUGUAUGCAGUGUAAUUGCACUGUUCUGCGAUUGAAGUUUAAUAUUUAUCCUGACAUGGUAAUUAUGUUUCAUUAACUUUGCUUGAUCUCUGCAAGUAGUUGUGUUUUCGUCCUUCGCUUGGAUUUGUUGGACACAAAUUACCAAAGGAAACCUGCUGAUAACAGCAACCAGGUUCCUGUGCUGUUUAUAUUUGCACAACACAUUCACACAUAAAUGGAUGUGCAGUAUUCCGUCACACGCAAAACUCAUUCAGGAUAACAGCUCUGUAGCGCAGCUGUUUGAUCACAUGACAUGAUAACUGAAGUGAUGAUUUGUUUUUGUGUCUGAGAGUCUCAGGUUGAUGUUGCGGUCAGAUGGCAAUAUAACGCACUGCACAAGGAGGACUAAUACAGAGACUGCCCUAAUAUACUCCUGCAGUUCAAUGUCCAUGUGUUAUUUCAUGUUUUUGAUGCUAGUUUGAGGGGUCAGAAUGCUACAGUAUUUUCAGACAUACUGAAGGGAUGUAUACGUGAAUCUCAGGAGUUCAGGUAGUUUUGCUCAUCCAUUUAACGUUGUAGUACAGUGAGUGGGAUGCAUGUUGACUUUGAAUUCUCUUGCGUUUUCAUUAACUCUGAUCUUAAUACCUGUGUGUAUUUAACUGAACAAAGCUUUAUUAUUGACUGACUAGAAUGCUGGCAUUGUAUGAGAGUGAAAACCCAGGAGUAUGUUGUGCUGCCUAUAACGACAUGAGUUCUGUUACCCUGCCCGUGAUGAAAUAAAGGUGAUUGAUUUGGA